ACUUACGGCUGCAUUUCCAACUGUGGAACAGAUAUCGUCAAGGGUUCCGGCAGCGGCGGUAUCAAAAUUGCCUACUACGAGGGCUAUGGGAUGGGCCGCGACUGUCUCUUCCAGGAUGCCUCCCAGAUCGACACUGCGGCAUAUACGCACAUUCACUUCGCCUUUGGCACGUUGACGAAUUCAUACGAGGUUGAGACUGGCGAUGUGCUAUCAACAUACCAGUUUAACGCAUUCAAGAAGAUCAAGGGUGCGAAGAAGAUCUUGUCAUUCGGAGGAUGGGACUUCUCCACCUUUCCUGCUACGUACAACAUCUUCCGGGAAGGUGUCACAUCUGCCAACCGACUCAAGAUGGCCACCAACAUUGCAAACUUCAUCAAGAAGCACGAACUUGAUGGUGUUGAUAUUGAUUGGGAAUACCCUGGUGCACCCGAUCUUCCUGGCAUACCUGCGGCUAGCAAGGCUGACGGCCCGAACUACCUGGCCUUCCUCGUCAUUCUGAAGAACCUUCUGCCUGGAAAGUCAAUUUCUAUUGCCGCCCCCUCCUCAUACUGGUAUCUCAAGCAGUUUCCUAUCAAGGACAUUGGCAAAGUCGUUGAUUACAUUGUCUACAUGACUUAUGAUCUCCAUGGCCAGUGGGAUGCAGACAAUUCGUACUCUCAAGAGGGAUGCGCUACAGGUAACUGCCUGCGCAGCCAAGUCAAUUUGACCGAGACAAAACAAUCUCUUGCCAUGAUUACCAAAGCAGGCGUUCCAGGAGCCAAGGUUAUUGUUGGUAUCACGAGUUAUGGACGAUCCUUCAACAUGGCCGAAGCAGGUUGUUGGGGCCCGGGCUGCUUGUACACGGGCACUCGCGAGAACUCACAUGCAACCAAGGGAAAAUGCACCGGCACUGCUGGAUAUAUUGCUGAUGCCGAGAUUGCAGACAUUGUGAAUGAUCAGAAGAGGGCUGGACGCGUAGUCAAGAACUUUGUCGACACUAGCAGCAAUAGCGAUAUUCUUGUCUACGAUGACACCCAAUGGGUGAGCUAUAUGAGCGCCAGUACAAAGAAGACACGCGCUACUUUGUACUCAGCCUGGGGCUUUGGAGGCACUACCGAUUGGGCAAGCGAUCUGCAAACAUUCCACGAUGUUCCGAAACCGGCAGCGAGCUGGGGCGACUACAAACAACUCAUCAAGUCUGGCCAGGACCCCAGGGCUGACCACUCGCGCAACGGCAACUGGACCGAGUUCCACUGCACUGACAAACUGGUCGACGAUGCCUCCUACUAUACACCACAUGAACAAUGGGUGGGGCUCAGUACUGAUGAGGCUUGGAAGGACGUUAUCAGAAUCUGGAAAGAUACCGAUCGUGGUAGGGGUGGCAUCAGCUUCUCUCAAUCUGUUUCUGAGACUACCAAUGUUGCCUCUUCACCCGACUGCGGGAAAAUGGGUUCCAACAGCAAUUGCGAUGCGACCGCAAAAUGUGACCAAGGAUUGGAGGCAGAAGACUCGGGUCCCGCAGCCAUGCUGAUUUGGAACUCAUUUGUGUUUAUUCAUCAGAUGUACAAGGAUUACCACGAUGCCUUGUUCGAUGUGGCUGCAGUCGUCGCUACUAAUCUGCGAGACCUGGAGAACAAGUUUGCACCAAUUCCGCCCGAGCCCGAUCACACAUGGGAGCUAUUCCUUAUUGAUCUUCUCACCCUGGGAACCCUUUCAGCUGCUGGACCGUUCUUCAAUAACCUCAUCAAGAAGAUGCCUUACUUUGCGAAGCCAGAUGGGUCCGCGUUCGACAACGCCAAAGACACUACUUUCACCUUGAUUGGUCAAAGUACCACCAUCGCUAAGGACUUGUUGACUCUAGGUGACCCGGACGCAAAAUGGACCGUUGAACUUCAAGACUCCUUCUCCAGCUACAUGGGCAAUGUUAUCACCGGCUGGGCCAAUGUCACUACUGUCGCGUUGAAGCGAUUGUUCGAUGGAUCAGAUGGAAGCAUUGAUACUUUAUGGGACAUCAUUUCGGAUGGGAAACUGAUCCUCGGUGCAAUUGACGAUAGCACUGGUGGCAGCGACAGGUUUCCCGAUCCUAUGAGCGAGAAUGACCUCCGUGCCAACAUCCAGAAAUCCGUCUUCGGCUUCGCCAUCCCAAACCUCUGGAGUGUUUCCAAGGCCUACCCCUUCAUCAUCGAUUCCGGUAACGGUUGCGAUGGAGACAACAUCGGUAAAUAUAUGGAUGACGACACCAUGAAAGCUACUGGAAUGUGCUUCGAGGGCAAGAUGUACUACAUUGCCAGUCCUGACGGUGAUGCCAGAGUGUGCAAGUGUGAGCCCCAGGAGAAGGGCCCUUGCCAGACCACAUGCAGAGUCCAGAAGUUCUCAGCACCCAAGGGCCUUGACUCUUUGGACGGAAAGGAUGCGUUCGGUGGCAUCACCAAGGAGGAUCUCAUUAAGGGCUCUGUCAAGACCUGGACCUCGAACGGUCGCAAGAACGGCGCAGAAGUUGCAGAUCCCACCAACGAUGGUACAAUGGACAACCUACUUGACAUCGACGUAACAACGCCUGGUUUCAUCCGCAUACCCGUCUGCAGUGCGGACAGAGCCUUCCAAUCCUGGGACACCGCCGACAAGGGCUCAAGCUCACACUACCCUUGCGACAUACCACCGGGUCGAAACGACUGCAAGGACUCCUCUUUCGACGAUAAGACGAGCGGUGCUUCACCUAGCGUCGACGACUGUCGCCAGAUCAUCACCAACAUCCAGGGAGAUGGUUCGACGGACUGGACGACGGAUGUCAUCGGACACAACCAGCGCGAGAUCGCCAAGUUUGGCUCCUGCUCUUUCGGUGUUGAAGCGUCCAAGACGAACGGUAACGUCAACUUCGUAGUUGGAGGACAAGACGUCAUCGAUAUUAUCAACACUGCUAUCGAGAAGUUCGGUGGCAGCGGCAAGGUGGGAGCUGAAGGCCACAUGGAGUGCAAUGGCAACAUAAAGGGUCAGGCUGUCACAUGGGGUAUCUACUAGAAGAGUCUAUCUGUACCCGUUUCAUACUUCUCUCUUGUACUUCAAUCAUGUCAGCUUGAUGUACCCUUCCAUUUGUAUGCUUGUAUUAUGAAUCAUAUACACGUUCGUUCAUCCUACAUGAUGUGC